CCAUGACUGAUACUACACAACCGAACCGUGGCAGGUGGUGGGACAGGUACAAUCCGGCCCCUGAUACGGAGCACAUUAGAAAUCGCAAUGAGCGUGAAAGGGAGAUCCUGAGAAUCCUUGAUUCGAUAGGCUUCAACUGGCCCGUCUUUAUAGCUGUAUCGGCUGGAUUUCUCGCCUCCUCAUACACCAUCUUCUCAAGUAACAUCAUCGUCCCAGCUCUCCGCUAUGUCUAUCCUUCCGAGAAUAAGGGCGAUCAGUACUAUUUUCCCCACCCCAGUUUGACCAUUGAUAUGGUGACCAUUGGCACCACCACGUUGGGUAUGCUAGUCUUUGGCCAUCUUGCAGACCUUCUAGGUCGCAAACGGCUAUAUGGACUGGAACUGAUCAUUAUUAUCCUGGGCACGGUUGGGAUGAUCCAAACCUCUGAUGGAUUCUCAAACGGUCGCGAACACUCACUUGAUCUAUACGCUGCCAUCGCGACAUGGAGAGGGAUCCAAGGCUUGGGUAUUGGGGCCGAGGCAACAGUGAUCGCUUCCGAGUUCUCCUCCACAGAGACCCGUGGGACCCUCAUGGCGGCCAUGUUUGGGAUGCAAUCGCUGGGGAGGCUAUUAGCCUAUGCUGUCACACUUGGGGCCGUGAAAUCAAUACCAAACGACAGAUCAGACCACCGCGUUGCCGUCGACAGAAUCUGGCGCCUUGUGGUUGGCAUCAGCGCGAUCCCUGCUUUCGCCGCGGUUGGUUUACGCUUUACCAUACCCGAGACUCCGCGAUACUAUACAGGGAUCAAGAAAGACUUGAGGAGGGCAGUGCAGGCUGUUGAACGAGUCGGAGGGCGUCAAAAUGAUCUCGAUCAGGUUCACGAGAGCAUACAGCCACCGCGAACUUGGAGGCGUGAGAAGAAGAAGUCCUGGUACUCCAAUGCCUCUACAUAUCUGUUCGGCAAAACACAAGGAUGGAAGAUCCUCCUCGGCAUCUCCCUGCAAUGGUGCCUUCUUGACGUAAAUUUCUAUGGCCUAGGGCUUGAUAGUCCCUCGACUUUAAACCGCCUUUGGCUAUCAAGCCCGCCCAGUGCCAAAAUGGCCUGUCCGGAGGUUAAUGUUACGGUUCCAGCCCCCGCAUACGAAUAUCAAACGGCCACUCUCACCCUCCAGAACAGCAUUGUCACUACAGUCACAAAGAUUGCUACCUCACUCCCAACUGCUACGACUAAUUCAAGUUUAAUGACCGAUAUUACGGUAGCAGCAACCGACCUCCCAGCUUGGAACGAAGAUGCGGGUAACCUUUGCGCUACAAUCCACGAGUCCCUUCAGGACGCGGCGGAACGAGCCCUAGAGGUCACAUCCGUCGCCUCUAUAGUUGGAUCUAUCGCAGCCGUAUUCGUCAUCAACCGCUACAAACGACGAAAUCUUCUCGCGUGGACUUGCGGCAUCCUCUGCGUGUUAUUUUUCGCUGCGGGGAUCGCGGUCAGAUACGCCACUGAGACGCCCGCGAACGAAGCCAGUUUGGUCUUCUUCGCUUUGACGCAGUUUGUCUUUAACCUAGGGCCUAAUACUCUGACUUUCAUCAUAGCCGCUGAGUCUUUCCCGACUCUGUUCAGAGGCACUUUCCACGGAGUGGCAGCGGCAAUGGGGAAGGUUGGGGCGCUUAUUAUUCGACCCAUCAUCAACGCGGUGACGCAUGGCCAGGUAGGCAAGGAUAAAGAAACACUAAGCUCUCUCCUGUUCGUCUUUUGCGGCAUCCAGCUAGUGAUGGUUGGUAUAGCUCUCAUACCAGCGUCCAUGGUGGAUGCGCAAGUAGAAGAUGAAGAGACCUCUCUGGAGUGGGCGGAGAGGAAGCGCUGGUUGUGGCUGCUCUUUGGGAGGUUGCAUAACAAGUCGCUGGAGGAAAUCGCUCCAAAUCCGGAGAGCUCUCCGGAGAGACGAGACGUGGAGAUGAUGCAGGUGAAAACUGAUCGCGGGGGAAGACCUCGAGACCGAGACCCCGAUGUGCCCCCGUUGGUGGUA